AGACACGGCUUGGGAAUGCAGCUUAUUACGGCGUCUCUGCUGCCGAGCGGUCCACGUACCAGUAAGAUGGACAUUAUCCCGAACCAGAGAAUCCCUGGCUCGCAUGUGCAUAUAGAUAGAUAUACCCCCGGGAUCUGGGAAUGCUGAUAAAUCUGUAUGGGCGUGUCCAAAACACCUGCGGAGACGGCAGUAAGAGCUGGCUAGGCGUACUUGGCCAGCGCCAAUGCCGCAGGGCCAAGUGGCUGCGAUGCCUGGGUAGGUAGAUCUAUCUACUUACGUAUGUGGCAGCCUUCGAGCAUUUCCACCGAGUUGAGGGGUAUUGUUGGAGCUGAUGGGUGGCCGUGACCGGAGAGCAGCUAGGUAUUUAUUGUCAGAUAGCUCCUCGCUGUGUUUUGGGUAGUUUAAUAUCUGUAGAACUUCCCUUGUCUGCACCUGAUAACACCAUUAAUAACGGAGCUAAGAGACCUUUAUUCCUCGCGGGGUUCAACAUGGCCGAGUCCACGGCACCUGUCCCAGAAUACUAUGUGAGCAGUUUCCCUGCGCCGGGGCUGCGUCAGAUCUUUCGACACAUCACGCAGAACAAUGCCAAAGGCGAGUCUCAGUUUCUCAGUUCAGACCACGGCGAGCAUUACCGCCGCAUGGUGGACAACCGGGCAGUCGCCAACAUCAUCUAUUCCACUCGAGAAAAUCCCGUCGACCUCAACAACAAUAUAGACGUCCAGAAAGCACAUGAGGCAGAGCCACCAUUCCACUACCCCAGCGGGUCCAUAGUCCGCAUGAUCGACUUUGGCCCCGGCGUAGAGUCGCCGUUUCACCGGGCGAUGACCAUCGACUACGGCGUGUGCAUCGAGGGUGUCUUUGAGCUCACCCUCGACUCCGGCGAGAAGCGUAUAUUGCGUCCGGGCGAUAUCUGCGUCCAGCGGGCUACCAACCACAAGUGGAAGAAUAUUACAGGCAACGGCACGCUUCCGGGGCGGAUGCUGUGGGUUCUCCUCGACUGUAAGGAGGUCAUAGUGGGCGGGAAGAAGGUGGAGGGCGAUCUAGGCGACCUGCAUAGCGAAUAUAAGGGGCGGGGAAUCUACUAAGGGCUCUCUCUUCGCACCGGACGGCCGGACGCUCGGUCCAUCGCAUCGUGGACACUAGAACGCGAGGUAAUACUCGCCGUUUCCGGAACCGUCAUAGUCGGCAUCCGGGCAACUAGGCGUUGCCGAAACACAGGGUGAACUUCUGACGAGCCGGCAACGCGAGCAAAGGAGAACCGGUUCAGCGGUAACAGCUGAUAUCGGUGUUGUGUAAUUAUUAUGCCUCUUCGGCCCGUGGACCGAAUAUUACUAUGACGGGACCGCCGCAUACCAGGUUUAAAUGUCGGCCGUGUGAUUCGAGUCGGACGCCGAGGAGGAAACAGCAGUGGACGAGGCGACGGAAUGGCUAACGAUAUGAGUGCAUUUCCGGUUUCGAUGAGACCCCCCGUGAAGCGUAGGUAGACAGGCUCAGGGCGCGUCGUCCCAUGGACACAGACAUAGGUAAUACCUACUAGGCAGAUAGGCAAACUGAACCACGAAUACGUGAACGGCGCCGGUAUGGACAGGGAAAGAAGUAGGUAGGUUACGAAGAAAGGAUAACAGGCGGGCACCCAUAUAAUAUACUUACGAGUCUAUGCUGGGGGGUGCUUUACCUGAACAGAGGGAGAUGUCAUGUAGGUAUCAUGGUAGGUAGGUAGGUAGGUAUAGGAGCUCCGGUUGCUGAGGUAAGCAACGAAGAGGUGCGAAAUAGGAGCAACCUCUACGUAACACCCUUUUAGCUUUCACGAUAGUAGCUUAGAAC